UCUUAAUAACUUCCCUAGGUACUUUUUGACAAUUAUUAGAUAAUUGACGAUUUACGUGUUGUCUGACGUGAAUAAUUUUUUAUCUAAAUCCAUUUCGAGGGAAGUAAAGUUGUUCCUUUGCCAUUUAGCCAAUCGCUAAUGUAGUUUUGACUGUCAAUAAAAGUGCCUCCUAAUUGUCACAUAGUUUUAGACAUAAUUAUUCAGAUAUGCCAUAUUUGAACUGCUAGCCAAACGUGAUAUUUUCUUUUACAUACCAUAUUGUUAGUCUGCCUUGUUCACACCUGUCAAUCAAUGGCUGCGAUGGAAGACUUGGGAGGAGGAAGAGGAAGUCUUAUAUUUGGUUCCACUGAUGAAGAGGAGGACUCGUCUGAGAUUUUAAUGAGCGUUUUGGCACAAAAUGGCCAAGUGGGCCUCUGCUUCUAUGACAGUAAAGACUCUUCCGUUCACUACAUGGUGGAUACGCCAUAUAACCAUGAGCUCCAUCUGCUGGUGAGAAUCAUCCAGGAGAUUUCUCCUCAAGUGAUUGUCACCAGUGCAAAACAGGAGCGCUGUAUGACCCGCUUCCUGCUACAACUGGGUUCAAACCCGGAUUACAAGCCAGAGGUGGUUACCUAUCCAUAUGUUGACUUUGGUCUGGAACUCAGUAAGCAGAGAUUACUUUCAGUCCAUCUGCCUUUUCUUCCUGCCUCCAUUUCAGAGACAGACAAGUUGGCCUACCUCUCCUCCUGUAUUUCACUUGACUCCCCACUAAUGCUGAGGGCACUUGGAGCUCUUCUAAAAUGUCUGGACAGGAGAAGAGUGGGAGUUGAGCUGGAAGACAGCAGUAUUGGCGUUCCUAUCCUGCAGUUUCAUGCCUACACACUCAAGGAUGUUGUGUACAUUGAUAAAGAGGCAUACAGUGUCCUGCAGAUAUUUAAAUCAGAGCUCCACCCAUCGGUGUACAAGCUUCAUUCGGGCGAAAAAGAAGGAUUUAGUCUUUAUGGAAUACUAAACUGCUGUAAGUGCAAGUAUGGCUCCAAACUUCUACGUCAGUGGUUUCUGCGCCCAACCGUGGACCUCGCUGUGUUACACCGGAGACAGGAAGUUAUCCGCUUCUUUGCACAACCUCGGAAUUCAGACUCCAUGAGCACCCUGCAGUCGUCGCUACGUAACAUCAGAAACAUCCCAGUAAUUAUGACCAAAAAAACCACAACUACACCUGUGACUGUUUACCGCCGCAAAAGGCCUGAUUAUGUGUUACAGACGCUUCUACGCAGGAUGUCUCUCUCACACACCAAAAUAACAGACUGGCAGAAUCUCUACAAGACCGUGUUCAGUGCAGUGUGUAUUAGAGACAUGGUGCGUCACCUCCCUCAGUCCAUUCAUCUUUUCCGGGACAUCAGUGAAGGCUUCUCUGAUGACCUCCACCACAUCGCCUCUCUCAUCAGCCGCGUGGUGGACUUCGAAACCAGUGCAGCCGAGAAAUGUCUGUCCAUCAAACCAAAUGUAGAUCCCGCAAUUGAUGAGAAGAAAAGGCAGAUGGCGGGCUUGUCGGACUUCCUGACUGAUGUUGCGAGAAGAGAGCUGGAACACCUGGAUACCAGCAUCCCCUCCUGCUGUGUCAUCUACCUCCCUCUGAUUGGGUUUUUGCUGUCCAUUCCUCGGUUGCCUAGCAUGGUGGAGAAAGAAGACUUUGAGUUACAGGGGCUUGAUUUCAUGUUUCUUUCAGAAGAUCGCUUGCACUACCGCAGCCAAAGGACUAAGGAGCUUGACAAUCUUCUGGGGGAUUUGCACUGCGACAUUAAAGACAUGGAGACAGCAAUCAUGACCCAGCUGCAGAACGCCAUCCUGGAAAGGAGUGCCGCCCUGUAUAAGGUUAUGAAUCUGGCCGCUGAGCUGGACUGUCUGAUGGCGUUGAGUAAAGCAUCCCAGGAGUACGGCUACACCUCACCCAAGCUUGUCAACCAACGGAAAAUCUUAAUCACUCAGGGCAGACACCCACUUUUAGAGCUGUGCUCUUCUAUGUUUGUGGCCAACUCGUUUGAGAGCAGGGAGUCACAGGGUAGAGUCAAAAUCAUUACAGGACCCAACUCAUCCGGAAAGAGCAUCUACCUCAAGCAGGUGGGUCUGAUUGUGUUCAUGGCUUUAAUUGGCUCUGACGUGCCUGCAAAGGAGGCAGAGAUCGGCCUGGUAGAUGGAAUAUUUACCUGCUUGCAGGGCAGAGAGUCUGUGUCUGUAGGCCUGAGCACCUUCAUGGUUGACCUUAACCAGACUUCCAAGACACUGAACAGCAGCACGGGCAACUCAUUAGUCCUCAUUGAUGAAUUUGGAAAAGGGACAAACACUGUGGAUGGCUUGUCCUUGCUGGCCGCAUCCAUCUCUCACUGGCUGAGAAAAGCUCCAGCGGAUGUUCCUCAUGUCUUGUUGGCUACCAACUUUCACAGUUUGCUGCAGCUGGGCAUCUUACCCACUUCCAGCCUCUUAUGUCCUCUGACUCUAGAGACAGCAGUGGACGGGGAGGAUUUGGUGUUUCUGUACCAACUGAAGGAAGGCAUCUGUCAGUCUAGUUACGCCGCCAACGUGGCGAGACUGGCCGGCCUGCCUGCCAACCUUGUACGGAGAGGGGUGGAGGUUUCUGAGCUCUACAGGACAGGAAGACCGAUUCAACGUGUGGACCAUGUGUCAUCAGACGAGCAGGCAAACAGGUGCAGGACUGUGGUGGAGAAAUUUUUGAGCCUGGAUCUGGAAGAUGACAGCGUUGACGUGCAGAGCUUUAUGAAAGAGGAGGUUCUGCCCUCUGCUGGACAGUUGCUGUACAACUGAACUGUCCUGCGUCAUCACAAAGCUUCCAAAUUUGAGACAAGAAUUCUGACGCUUUUGUAGUUACCAAUAUUGCUCUCAUGUUUCGUUCUUCUAAAAACAAUACGUUAAUAUCUUCAAUUCAAGAGUUAAAUGCUAAAUUGUUUUCAGCAAAGUUGUGCUUUCAGAUUUAUUUUGUAACAGGCCAUGCCAAAGCCUGUGUAACUGAUGAUUUGUCAUCUUCACCAUGUGGGUGUAGUCCUUUUUUUUUUUUUUUUUUACAUUGGCAGCACACAGUGAAUAAACGUUGGCUUCCGUCAA